AAAUCAUUUGAGAGGGAUAGCAAUAAUGUUAGAAAUACAAGCUCAGCUUUAGCAAUACCUACAUCUAAUUAAUAUAGACAGUCUAGAGGUAAAAGCAUUCUGUUCUAUGUGGUCCAGUUCGGUUCCUGUCUAAACACCUCCCAUCAUCUUCUCGUCAUUUUCACGUCCGCCUUCACUCACGAUGGGCAUCUUCGAAGACGCGCGUGAUGGAAACUUGGAUCAGUACAAACUGGACCAGUAUAAAUCUUCCUCAUUCGAUAUUAACGCUAUAGAUCCCGAGACAGGGCUGACUCUACUUGCUACGGCUUCCUUGAAUGGUCGUACCGAUGUUGUUAAGCUACUCCUACAGAAUAAUGCAUCGGCAUCUAAGCUCUCCCAAGGUGACCGCACCCCCGUGUGGUUCGCCGCGAUGGGUUCUAUGAAAAAGAAGGACCGCGCCGAGAUCAUCCGUCUACUCCAUGCUCACGGUGCUGACAUCAAUAAGCCGUCUUCGGGGGAUGCCAACUAUACACCUCUGAUGAAAGUUGUCGCCGAGUGGAAAGAUGUCAAUACUGUUCGCCAACUGAUUAAUCUCGGUGCGGAUAAAACCUUGAAGAAUUCUAAUCGAGAGACGGCAGCUAGGAUCGCCUUUGAGAAGAAAAAAGACGCUAUGAUUGAUGCUCUUAAUAGUAGCUCUCAGGGGCGUCCGACUCUCAUGGACAUCGUCUGGAAGAUUCUUGCCUUCAUCCUUCAUUUAAUAGUUUGGGUCUACAUUGUUACAUCAAGUGUAUUGAAGGGCAUUAUUGAAUCGGGCUAUGAGUCUAGCGAGAUGAAGGUCCUAAGUCAUUCUAAUGAAGUCCAAGAAAGCAAGAUAGCAGAGGAAUAUAAGAGCGACAUUAUCAACUUCAUUUCAAGAAAUCGCAUGGAUGGCUUCUUCAAGAAUGACGAUCCCUUUCUCAAUACACUUGUCGAGAAGGCCGCCAAGAUGAAAGCGAACCCCCCUGACUCGACGCUUAAGUCUGACAAAGAUAUCCGUGAUCUUAUAAAGGUGUCACUAUACCAGCAGGUGAUACUUUGCGAUGACAGUACUUCUAUGUCCAUAGGCAACCGUAUCAAAGCCCAGCAACAUCUAGUCAAGCGAAUUACAAAGUUUGCCACAUAUAUUAUACCCGAUGAAGAUGGCGUCGAGUUGCGUUUCAUCAAUAGCUCCGUGUCUGGAAGCAGACUCCGCGAGGCAGAAGUUGAGACCAUUAUGACCAACAUGCAACCAACUGGGGAUACAGACAUUGGGACGAACCUAAUCGCGAAGAUUCUUAAGCCGCUAGUAUACGACAAGCUAGAUAAUAAGGAACUGAAACGUCCCUUACUAGUGUCAAUAAUUACCGAUGGUUGCUCUGAGUCAGAGGCCUCAGAUACGUUAAGAAAUACAAUCAUAGGGUGUGGGAAGAAUCUGAUCAAGGCUGGCUAUGAGCCUGAGGCCGUGCUUUUCCAGGUUAGCCGAAUCGGAAACUCCAAAGCCUCGAAGAAGUUCUUCGAUGGCUUACGAAACGACAAGCGGCUGAAGAGAGUCCUCUACUGCUCCAGCGAUUGGCCAGAUAAAGAAUCUGGCGGCUUAAAGCAAGAUGAGGUUCAACUUGAGGAAUGGGUCUAUGUUACCAUUGUACCUCCUGAUGAGUUAUCAGUGGUUGUAUAGUAGGUAGUUAAGCACUCUUAAGGCUUGGAUUCUAGAGACUCCGACGGGAUCCUAUCACAGAAAAUGACGGUGAUGGGUAGAUGCAAGUCUUUGAAGCUUGAAGUUGUGGUGUUCUACAUGGAAAAAGCUCUCUAUUCGGAUUCAUAAAUGGAGGCAUUAGCAGGCCAAUGAACUAAAUUGUAAUUUCUUUUUGAGUGGAUGUAAAUAAAGCUUCUCUUAAUAAAAUAAUUUCAUCACUAUG